ACUCGCUUUCAUUCGGUGAGAAUUUACACCAUAGACAGGCAAAAUAUAGUAGCAUAACUGACUCUCGAGUCGCAGUACUUGCUGUAUUUUUUUUUUCGCUAAUUUACAUUUAGAACUUGUUCGGGCUUCGUUUAGUUUAGUCAAAAAGUGUCUGUUUAGGUUUUUGUCGAACCAAAAUGGAACAGCUAUCAAACCAAUCACAACCAGCGAUGGAUGCGGCGACCAACGGAAAUGGAACCCACAAAUCAGCUGAAGUUGUUGUACAAAGCCCAGCACAACCACAACGUCCACGAAAGCUGUCCUUUGAUGAUACCGAUAUAAAUCUGUCGAAACAGAAACUGGGCAGCACCGACGAAGUGCACCGGUUGCCGAUAUCCCUCAUUUUGAAGGCCGCCGUUUUGUUUGCCACGGCCGGUUUGCUGCUGCGGUACCUGCCGCCGUUCGACUCGGGGUCACUGACUUCGUCACUGGACGCACUCGACCAAUGGCGUCAGCUGGUCGCGAAUCGAACCGUGUCCACCAUCGCUCGCGUCGACUUCGACCGCUGGUAUCGGGUGCUGCAAGCCAAAGCUAGUGAAGCACGCGCACAACUGCAGGAACCCUCGAUGAUUUUGCUAGCGGCGCUGUUUGGUAUCGGUGUGAUGGCCUUCACCUAUCACGUGAUCUACCUGGACAGCAACAUCCCCGGCGUCAAUCCGCCGACUCCCUUCUCGGCCAGCAAAAAGAAGAGAUUCUCCGAUAAAGAACGCCGGUUUCACCUCGGUUACGUAACGGCACUUCUUAGUGGAUUGACGGUGUUUCUAAUCUGUCUGCUGGUCGAUUAGUCGACGGAAGCACUCCAAGUGCGCCUUCUUCCAUUAACCAUAUUCCAUAGUCCGGCUAUGGGUAAACUGGUUUUAUUACAGCGUUGGUAAACUUUCUGCUUCCAGGCAGGCAGACAGUGCGGGGCCUUACAAAUAACCAGCAGCAAAUAAGUCACACAUUUUUACCCUUAUUUUUUAGCUAUAUGUUAGUAUGUAGGAGGAUAUGAUGCACAUCGUGAGUUUUGCAGCAGUUUUAUCUGCAGUGGCUAUUUAUUUCUACAUGUGUCAUGAUUUUAGGCUUAUUACCAAGCGGUUAGACGAGAAGGCGUAGUGCGGGUGAACUGUUAAUUUUAACUAAUCCUAUUGCAAUUAUUGUACGCUAAGAAAUAGAGCAAAAGACUAACCAUUUACCGUUUUGUUGAGAAAAUGUGUCUGAGUAUGGCUUAUCACCAAGCGAUGUCUCUCAGUGUAACCAAUGCAAAAUGUUGUUCCGGCACGGCAGCUGCUCGUAUCAAUCGGUGUUUGAUAAAUUUAAUAAACAUUAGCGCUAAGCCACUUGUUCCAAUCCUAAACUGGUACAAAUAAAGUUAGCAUUUCUCAAACAAA